AUGAAGAAAUGUAGACAUGAACACAGACGUUCACAUGUCAAAAGCUUCUAGUUAGCUAGCUACAUAUACGCCUGUUGGUUAUAAAAAACUAUAUAGGGUUUAUUUAGUAUUUUAAAGUACUCGUAGUGGACAGGAGACAGUUAGCUGGCGGCACCAUUCCAUUUUACAAUGUUUGUUGCCCGGAGCAUUGCAGCGGAUCACAAAGAUCUAAUUCACGAUGUUUCCUACGAUUUUCACGGCAGGAGAAUGGCGACUUGUUCUAGUGACCAAAGUGUUAAGGUUUGGGACAAAAGUGAAAGUGGAGAAUGGCAUUGCACAGCCAGCUGGAAAACCCACAGUGGGUCGGUGUGGCGCGUAACCUGGGCACACCCAGAGUUUGGGCAGGUGCUGGCCUCCUGCUCUUUCGACCGGACGGCCGCCGUGUGGGAGGAGAUCGUUGGCGAGUCCAACGACAAGCAGCGUGGGCAGAGCCACUGGAUUAAGCGGACAACGCUGGUGGACAGCAGAACGUCGGUGACGGACGUGAAGUUCGCUCCAAAGCACAUGGGCCUGGUGCUGACCACCUGCUCGGCUGACGGCGUAGUGCGGAUCUAUGAGGCUCCGGACGUGAUGAACCUGAGCCAGUGGUCGCUGCAGCAUGAGAUCUCCUGCAAGCUCAGCUGCAGCUGCAUCUCCUGGAACCCCUCCAGCUCCCGGGCCCACCCUCCGAUGAUCGCCGUCGGCAGCGAUGACGGCAACGUGACGUACGGCGGGAAGGUCCAGAUCUACGAGUACAACGAAAACACAAGGAAGUAUGCCAAGGCAGAGACGCUAAUGACUGUCACGGACCCGGUCCAUGACAUUGCCUUCGCCCCGAACCUGGGCCGGUCCUUCCACGUGCUUGCCGUGGCGACCAAGGAUGUCCGCAUUUUCAAACUGGUGCCGCUGCGGAGGGAGACCAGCUCCACCGGACCCACCAAGUUCGAUGUGCAGAUCGUUGCGCAGUUUGACAACCACAACUCUCAGGUGUGGCGUGUGAGCUGGAAUAUCACCAGCACCCUGCUGGCCUCCUCUGGCGACGAUGGCUGCGUACGCCUGUGGAAAGCAAACUACAUGGACAAUUGGAAGUGCACAGGCAUCCUGAAGGGCGAUGGCAGCCCGGUGAAUGGGUCGUCUGGUCAGCCUGGCGUCCUGAACGCCGCGGUGGGGUCGGCUGUCCAGGGCUCCCAGAACUCCCUGAAUGGGACGUCGGCUGGAAGAACAGCCAGCGGGCCCACGAUGAGCGAGAGCCUCCAGAACAUCGAGGAUGAGCCAUUCCCCAGCUUCCUGUCGGCCUCCCUCAGCAGCAGCCACGCCACGCUCGGGAACGUGACCCUCGGCUCGACGCUGGGGGUGCCCGUGGCCGCCUCCACCGUGGCUAAAAUUAGAGCGGGGCUCGACAACAGAGUGUCAGAUGUUCAGGCAUCUUAUUUGGAGGAUGGGCAGCUCUCACUGGCAAAUUCGCAGUCCUCUAACGGAGAGAGGAAAAUGUUUGCCCUCAGCUUCAACGAUGAGCUAGAUAAAGACAGCUUUAUCCAGCCCCACUGUUUGUCAGACUUGCUGGUCAAAGUCCAUUUGGAUGAGACGGAAGUCUCCAGACUCAAGCCGUCCACGCCGGGCCCCCCAAAGCAGACGAACGCCCCUGCGGGACGCCCCUCUGAGCCUGGAGAUGAACUCUCCACAGGACUGAUUACAUUCUCUCACCAGGGAGCUAAAGACAUCUUGGGUCUGAAGGCCACAGUCAUGCUCCCAGGGACACUAGAGGAGGACAGCCCGCCCAGCGAGGGGGCGGACAGUGACCGCUACAGUGGCAGCGUCUACAGCUUCUUGGCCAAUGAGAAGCUCAUGUCCGCAUACAGCAUGCACAGUGACGUCACAGAUGAUGACCUCAACGCUGACCACCUGCACGACGACGAGCUGGAAAUGUACUUCAAAAAACUGGUCCCCCCGGCCAUGCAGAGGGGGCGGGUCGAAGGCCAGGAGCUCCCGUCGGCGGAUCUGACUGGAAAUCAGGAUAGUUCAUCUAACCUGAGUUCCACAGGGCCAGAGAAGGAUAGAUACCCCUUUUUGGAUGAAUUUGACCAGGAUGACUUCCACAUGCCAGACGUGCGGCUGGCGGCCACGGGCAUGGACUCGUGCCCUGCCAGCGACGAGGACACUGAGGACGAGCUGGAGGCUGCCCGCCGGCACAGCAGCGCCAGGCCCCGCUUCCUCCUUCCCAGCACCUCCAGGCAGCUGGUAGGAGAGAGCCAUCGCCCUAACUUCAGGCCCGGCCUGGAAGGGGGCAGCUCUGACGACGAAGAACCUGCUGGCAGCCGAAAUGCACCCGCCAGCUCUGGAAUCGAGUUCAGGCGCUCAGCGGAGGGUCAGGUCAUCAAUUCACCUGUUACAGGUGACGGUGGAGGAGGUGGCGACGGGAGCAGUGGGAGCGAGGAGGACGGGAACGACGGGGGGGUGUCCACUGUCCCCCUGCCCCCGGGCGGCGGCCAGACCCCCUACGACACGCUGCGAGGCCUGGGCAUGGUGGGGGAGGACGGGGCCCGGGACGAGGCCAGCGUCGGACACAGCGAGAUGGGGGACCGUGUUGGCCCAGUGGGGACUGGAGAGGCUGGCUCCGUGGCGACGACGUCAGGGUCAUCGAGGGGUUCCCCCGCUCACUGGAGCAUGGCCCUGGACCGACAGGAAGCACUGGAUGCCAUGGACAGCACAGAGUCGGCGACGGCAGUGGACGGGCAGCUGGACUCCCUCUACCUGCGGAGCGGCGCCGGGCUCUGGAGGCCGCCAGACGCGUCGGCCUCCGCCCUCCAGGGCACGCAGAGCAGCUUCCACCUGUCCCAGGUGCUCUCCGCCCACAGCUCGGAGGAGGCGGAGUCCCUGGGGCUCCGGGGUGGGCCGUGCGGGGACUCCGCUGUCCCCGAGCCCUCGGACAGCAACAGCGAGGGUGAGCCGCGGGCCGCCUCCCUGGAGGCGAAGUACUUGUCCCGCACCCUGCAGGGGGACGACUCGGACGACUGCUGGAGCCACCGCCCCGACAGCGCUGAGCUGGACUUCCAGCAGGGGCCCAACAUUACUCACAGUGUGGUUUACCAGAAUGAGGAGGGGAAGUGGGUGACUGACCUGGCAUAUUACUCCUCCUUUGAGAAGGAGGCGGAAAAGAGCCUUCCGGAAGCUGUGGCCAUCCAGUUUCAGUCAGAGGACUUUGUUUCAGGAAGUAAUGCCAUUGAGAAGAUUAUUGAAGAUCAGGAGGAGUUUGAGAAGGAGAACCAGUUCAUCCAGGAGGAGCAGAUGGUGGCCCAGAGCAGCAGCAGCAACAGCCUGGGGCUCGGGGACACCUCGUGGAGGCUCCCCACCAGCGGCCACGUCCUGAUGAGGGCGUCCCAGGUGUCCUCGGAGUUCGAGAGGGGCAACCAGAGCUACCUGCGCCUCUCCCUGGGGGAGUUCUUCCAGCAGAGGUCCGAGGCGCUGGGCUGCCUGGGGGACAGCGAGGAGGACCGCGUCAAACGGCCCUCCUUCGGCUACGUCAUCACAUCCCCGGAGAAGAGGGAGCCCUUCGCCCUCAUCCGCCCCUCUGAUUUCUCCUCUCGCGGGAGCUCUGUUCACAGCGACACCCUCCACCACAGCGACACUGACAACACCAUGAAUCCAGAGGAUUUGGAGAAGACUUUUCAGGCUGUGGCAGAGACGAGCGUACAGAAGGCUGACGAGCACUCGGUGGCUGUUGAAAAGGAAGAGGCUCAGGAUGCAGGGGCGCAGGUUCCGGGGAACAAGAGCACUCAGUCUGGGAGCCCCGACUCCCUGAGCGGCAGCAGUGACCCCACGCUGAGCAUCAGCACCAUCGCGUCGGCCAUCGCGGACGCCUCGGUCAGCUCCGACCCGGCCCAGCUGGCCGCCAUGAUCAUGGAGCUGUCCAAGAAGAACCGCGGCAGGGGCCGUCGGCCCGGGGGGGCAGCGCCCGCGUCUGACAGCCCCGCCCCGUCGCCCGCCGAGCGCAGCGGCCUGCUGGAGGCGCUGCAGAGGAGCGUGUCUGCCGGGGAGCUGAGCGCCUUCGACAUCGAGAAAUACCUGCAGAGGGCGGACAUGUCCAGCAGCGACAGCGACACCGCCGCCUCCCCGCACAGUUUCGACAUCCUGGCCUGGGCCGACAGCCUCGGCGCCUCCCACGGGAAGUCCGGCCCCACCGUGCCUGCUCAGAACGCCAAAGCGCCCCCUGCUGGAAAGGAUGUCUCUGUCAUCGGCCCCCGCUCGAGUGCGCCCCCCGGUGCAGGACCAGGGAAAAAGUCCGAUGUACGACGGAGCUCCAUUCCGCGGCCGAAGGCCAGCUGCGGGCCCGCUGGGUCAGCCGGUGCUGGCAGGCGGUCCGUCGGGUCGGGGCAGUCGUUGGUGCUGGAGGGCAAAGCCGGGCUGAGUAAGAACCCCCCGCGGGGCACGGCGACCCCCGCAGCGAACAGGAGCAGCGCGGGCACAGGGUCGAAGCUAGGAACAGUCCGACCGCGUGCGCACAGCACAGAGGCUGCCCCCUGUCUCGCCCCUCAGCCCUCCCCCAUCCUCAGGGCAUCCCCCAGCCGGCGGGAGGGGUGCUCGGAGCCGGCCCCACCCAGGAGCCCAGCGGGUCCCGCGCUCAGACAGGGGAGUGAGGGGCACGAGGGCGAGAGAACAGGUGCGCGGGGGAGGGGUCCGGCAGCUCCUGUUGGUGCUGCCGUAAAGCAUGUGGGCUUUGCUCAGAGUCCCGUGCCCCCAGCUCAGGGCAAAGGAGCUUCGUCCCCUGUGCGGGCCCCCGCGGGCAUGGAGGAGACCCAGUGUAACUUCAGACCGUCCACCUCCCCCCUCACCCACUCAUCGCCAAGCCAGACGUCCCUCCCCAGUGCUGAUGGGACGGUGUCCUCUCCGGCGUCCCCCGGCGGGGGGGUGGGCAGACGCCCCUGUGACCCCCUCUCUCCCCCGUCCACCUGCUCCAGCCCCAGCCUGAGCAGGCUCACCUACAUCUCCCUGAACGACAGUACCGCCCUCCCCACCCCCGACAGGAACAAGUUGCAGUAUGACAGCAGCAUAGCCCUGAGCACCACUAUCGUCCGGGCGAGUCCCACACCCAUGGGGGAGCUGGAGGUCCCUCAAAGCCACCACAGGGACAGUCUGUGCACAGCCGAGGGCCUGGACCCGUGCUCCCGCACCAAGAGCCCGGACUCCCGCUACGCCUCAGACCACAGCAGCCCCCGCAGCCGCAGCGAGUGCGGCUUCCGCUCCGACAGCCAGGACCCGCCGUGCAACGGCGGGAGCCGCAAGCACCAGUCCGCACCCAGUCCCCGGCGCUUCCCCCCGGGGGACUCUGGGUACUCCAGCAACCUCAACAUCCAGCAGCCAGGCACCGCCGGCCCAACCGGCCAGCUGUGGCCCGGCACGGCCGACAAAGUGGAGCCGCGGUCCAACGCUGCGCUCGGGCUCCCCCACUCCUUUACCCCGGACGACCUGAGGUACGUCCCCAUCGCCAGCUUCAAGCCCCAGGGGGCGCUGCUGGACCUCCCCGCGGGCGUCCCCUCCCUCCUCGCCGGCCGCUCGCUCCUGGGCUCCCAGCUGGCUCAGCAGUACCUGGGGAGGGAGGUCCCCCUGCACCCCUACCACAUCAGUGCUGCCGCCGCGGUGUACGGGGUGCCCCCUGCCCCCGCCCCGGGACCCGCUCUCCCCCACGGCUACGUGAACGCCACCGACCUGCACGGGACCCACCUCACCCCUCUGGACGCCGGGCUGAUGGGCGUGGGCAAGCCCUACGGCCAGCACCACCUGGGCGCUCCGGGCGUGUGGUUGCCAGGAGGCGUGGCCGACCUCCGAGCCCAAGUUGUUGUGCCGGAGGAGCUGCGCUUUCCCAACGCCUGCUGCGUGGGCAUCGCGUCCCAGACCUCGCUCAGCAUCUUCAACCCUACCGAGAGGUGGCUCCAGGUGGCCCUCGCUGUCACCAGCCUGUCCAUCGACGGAGAGAAGGUGGACUCCCUGCCUUACCAGCUGCUGAUCAUAAAGAACAAGACCAUCAUCGGACCCAAAAGCACGGAGGAGCAGAAAGUCCUGUUCAUCCCGCCGCGGGCCGGUCUGUACCAGUGCGUCCUCAGCGUGUCGUCCUGGCCCACCGCCGCCGAGUCCGGCGCUGUGGCACGCGCCGAGGUCUUCGCCAAGAGGGUCGUCCUCAUCGCCGUGGCCGAGAACCCGUCCCUGGAGGUGGAUGUGGGUGUCUCGGGGUGUCUGGAUUUCGGAGACCUGGCCUCAGGCAGCGCCAAAGCCCUCCCCCUGAAGCUGGUCAACAAGACCCGCGCCACAGUGCCCAUCCGUCUCGUCAUCAGCGCCAAUGCUUCCGCCUGGCGCUGCUUCACCUUCUCCAAAAGCCCAGUUGCCGUGCCAACGGAAGGGAUGGUGCAGACGGGCAGCGUCACCCCGCUGGCCGCCCCGUCUGUCAUGAACCACGUGAUGCACGCCAACUAUGGGGACAAUCCAGAAAGCUUCAUGGUGUGGGUCCACUUCCACGCGCCCCAGAAGUACGCCUCCACCUCAGGAGAGCUGGGGCCGGCGGAGGAGUACAGCGCGCGGGUGGACAUCGAGGUGGACAGCCCAGGGCCGAGUCACGUGAUCAGGAGCGUCCCCCUGCGGGCCAGGUCGGGGACGGCCCGAGUCCACGCCCCCAAAGACCUGCAGACUGUCUGCCUCUUAGCGCCACUGGGAAAAUCUGCAAGGCAGACGCUGCCUUUGAAGAAUGCGGGGAACAUCGACGUGCAGCUGAAGCUGAAGUGCAGCGACAGUGAGGACUGCUUCUCAGUCAAACCGGAGGAGCUCCUUCUGCGGGCGGGUGAGGAGCAGGGGAUUGUGGUCUGUUUCACCGCCAGCGGCACCAGGAAGUACAGAGAGAGCAUGCUCACCAUCCUGGUGCUACCUUACGGGCCUCAGUAUGAAGUGGUGCUGAAAGGAGAGGUUGCCCCCGACGACAGCGCUGCCGCUACGCGGGCACCGCCCGGCAAGGCAGGCCACGAGGACGGGGUGAUCCCUGGCGACGUGCCCCCCAUCCUGUCCAAUAAGCAGUUCAUGGCAUGGGGAGGUGUCACCCUGGGCCGAGCCAUGCAGCAGAAGCUGGUCCUGAGGAACAACUCCCCCAGCACAACGCAGCAGCUCCGCCUCCUCAUCAGAGGACAGGAUCAGGACUGCUUCCAGCUCCAGAGCACGUUCGGGCCGGAGGAGCGUCUGACCCGGCACAGGGAGCUGUCCAUCCGGCCCAGAGAGGAUGUGGCGGUGCACCUGCUGUACGCGCCCACGCGUGUGGCCUGCAUGCUGGCCAAGCUGGAGAUCAAGCAGUCCGGCGUGAGGCCCUCUCAGCCAGGCGUCAAGUUCACUAUCCCACUGUCUGGCUACGGUGGCACAAGCAACAUUGUCCUGGAGGACGUGCGGAAGGUGUCGGACAGCUACGUGGUGACAGUGGGCGGCGUGGCGGCUGGCCGGGUCAGCAAGGUGUGCCUGUCCAUGAGGAAUACGGGCUCGCGGGCUGCUUUCGUCAAAGCCGCCGCCUACUCCGAGCUGCCCACCCGCACGCUCAUGGACCCCUCCGUCAUCAGCAUGUCCCCCUCCCAGUUUGUGCUGAAGGAGAGGACUCAGGAGGUGGUGACGGUGCUGCUGAAGGCCACUCAGAGGGAGCAGAGCCUGUGCCAGGCCAGCAGCGGGCUGCUGGCCACCGUCUGCUUCUUCUGUGGGGACGAGGUCUCGCGCCAGCAGUUCAGACGGUUACUUCGCACCAAACCCGACGCAGGCCAUAAGGUGCUCUCUGACAACAGCCUCCUGAAGAGCAUCAACUUCAAUGAGAGGUUCCUUGGUGAGGAGCAGGUGACAGAAGUGUUCGACAUGCCCCAGAGGCCCAACGAGGCGCAGCUGUUCUACAGCCACGUGAAUAAGGUGGUGCUGUCUGUGCUGGGCAGCACCGAGGCCUCCGACUCCGGGGACAGCGACUGCAUGGAGUCCCUGCGGCCCUCGCCCCGCCACGGUUCCGAGUCCGACAGUGGUUUCGGGAACUCCGAUCGCCACGUCAGCAACGUCUCUCUGGACGUCCUCCCAGUGAAGGGCCCUCAGGGGCCCCCUUUGGCCCUGCCUGUCGGGGACCCCACGCUGAAGGGGCCCUCGGAUCCUGGAGCACCGCAGGACUCCUGGAGCGUCCAGCCUGAGCAGCUGGUUCUGACCGCACCCACCAUCAGUGGUGGCGCUGACACCAGGCACGUGCACAUCCAGAACCACAGCUCCAGAGAGCUGAGCUUCGAGCUGUCCUGGCCCGCCCACUGCCUGACCAUCACCCCCCAGCACGGGGUCAUCGAGCCCCAGAGCCACCUGCAGAUCCUCAUCAGCCCCAACCCCUCGCUGGCCUCCAGGUCUUCCCUGCUGCCCUGGAGCGGGCAGAUCUACGUCCAGUGUGACGGCCAGCAAAAGUUUAUCAAGGUGCAGAUCCGGCAGGACCUGGCACUGGACGUGUCGACCACGGGCCCCUCAGUCAAACCCCUCUCGGCCCUGCCCCCGCAGGCUCAGACCCCUCCCACAUCCGUGGGGGCCACGCCCCCCGGUAACGCCCACGUGGAGAUCAGAAACCGCACUCUGGUGUUCCCAGCCACCCCCUCCGGAGAGACCUCAGAAUCCGUCCUGGAGGUGGAAAACAAGGGAGAGGAAGUCAGAUGGUAUCUUUCCUCCUUCGCCCCGCCAUACGUCAAGGGUGUGGACAGCAGUGGGGACGUGUACCGGGCCACCUACACCGCGUUCAGGUGCUCCCGGGUGUCGGGGACGCUGGGACAGAAGGAAAAGAUGCAGGUGCCCAUCACCUUCCUGCCACGGGACAGAGGAGACUAUGCCCAGUUCUGGGACCUGGAGUGUCACCCUGUGGCCGAGCCUCAGCAGAAGAGCAGGGUCCGCUUCCAGCUCUGUGGGACAGGUGUAAAGGCCGGGGCGCAGACCGUUCCCGGAGAGAGCGAUUGCUCCCUCGUGCGAACCGAAGCCAUUGUGAAGGCCCGGAAGAGACCGGACGCGGCUGUGGUGAAGACCAGUCAGGAGGAGGCGCCGCGCAGAGGGGUGUACGCUCCCCAGGACCUGUACACCUUCCCUCUGACGCGGGUCGGCGAGGCCAGCACCCUGAAGGUCAACGUGCGCAACAACUCUUUCGACACUCACGAGCUGAAAUUCAUAAGCCCAAGGGAGCCCUUCUGCAUCAAGCAUUCCAAAUAUUCUCUAAGAUCUCAGCACUACAUCAACCUGCCAGUCCAGUUCAAACCGGCGGCGGCAGGCAAGUACUCCGGCUCGCUGCUCAUCCAGACGGACACAAGCAGCAGCCUGGCCAUUCAGCUGAGCGGCGAGGCCCUGGCGUGAGAACACCCCUCUCCCCUGUCAGACGCCGAAAAUCAGCGAUGCGCAACGCGAAGGUCACCCUGUGAACGAACGAUCGUCUCUGCCGCGCCAAUGGCGGAAGCAACACCAGUCAGCGUCUGCAAUCACCGAAACCUGCAGUCACUAUUUCUUUUCCCCUCCUGUCCUCCACUCUGGCUUGGGAUGCAGGUGUCCAAAGCCUGUCUGUACAACACUAUCUCUGCACUGUAGCAGUGCUCUACAACUGAAUGUCCUUGUCUGAGACCCUGCCACUCUUUUGUCCUCCUCUGACAUGGUUGCUAUCGCUUGACAGGCACAGUUUGAUAUUUGCAUAAUCUUGAACCAUGUAACUGUACCAGAGUCAAACUCCUCUGAUUUCCUCUCAUUUUGGAGGAUUUCAGUCACAUCAGUUGAUGAGGUUAAAUUUUUUUUUCUAACUUCAAUUAAAUAUGAAAUCCUCUUUGGUGGAAACCAAUUGCUUGAAGCUACUUCAGAGCCAAAGAAAAACAUUCUUGGUAGGAAUGUUACCUCCACUCUUUUAAAUGGCUUUUUUUUUCAAAUGUUUCAUUUUUUUAAGUGGCUUUCUUGCAGUGUUUCUGAAAGAUGUGGAAAAACUGGAAUAGGACUCUUACCGCCACAAUGCCCCUUAGCAGUUUUGUACCCUGCUCUUCCAAACGUCCUUCAAGUUUGGUGGCCCUUGAUGAGUCACUGUCUUCGUUUCUGUUGGGCAACGUCAGCAGUGUAUUUAAGCAAGGUCCUGAAAAGGCAACAAGUCUGCCCAAGUUCUGCCUUGAAUCUUCUGCAUUUUGAUUGGCCCUCGCCAGUUUUCUGUCCAGGAUAUUUUAUUCUCCAUCCGAAACCCAUUUUCUCUGCCUUGGUAUCUUUAAAUGCGUGUGGUCCUCUUGCUGGGAAGCUGUCUGUGCUGACACUGAUGGUCAAAGCCACUGUGUUGCUGAGCUGGCAGCCCCUCUCUGCCAUGUGUCUGGCCCUGGCAUCUCACCAGAGGCCCAUCUGUACAGAUGCCCCCUAAUCGGGUUACGAGACAGAAGCCUCUGCGAAACGUCAGGGUUUUUAAACGCUUACAUGUUAAAACGGCCAUACCGAGGAUGGGUCUGGGGGCAGGGGUCUGCGACCUUCGCCUGGCUGGGGCCGGCGAGGCUUAGGCUGACAUGCCCUCUGCCUGGCAUGGUGAACCGGGCCCGCAGCGCAGCCUCUGCCACAUUGGGGAUGGUUCAGAGCUCCCUCCACGCCACGUUUGGCGGUUUCCAGGCAGCAGGAGCUGGCCCAGGUGAACCGGAGAAGUGUGUGCAAGUAACUGGAAUUCAGUAUUAGUCCACUCUUAUUGAAUGUGUUCUGCUUUUGAAAUGUCAGUUCAUUUGCCCUGGCCUUUGGUUUGUGGCGUACGUAGAAACAACUUUUUCUUUUGUUUUGUUUUUGCUGUUGAUUCCAUACCCGUGGACUGACCAUCUGUUAAGUUUAGAAUUUGUUCACAUUUCAUUUUAAUUUCACGUUUAUGUAUCAUAUUUUGAGACUGGACAAAAAUGGAACAUCUUUUGUACAGAAGGCCAUCAUUUGCAAGUAUCAUCAUACGCCCAUAUAGAUUGAAGUGGAUUACUUUUUGUAAUCCUUGGAUUUGACAAGAUGAAGCCGUGCCACCUUGUUGACUAUAUAAAAAAAAAAGUGAAUUUGCACAUGCUUUGUACAUUCUGUUUGUAUCUUAGUGUCAAAAUGUAUUUAUUUUUAAG